AGCGCUUUCGGGGCCGUUGCCGUGGAAGCGGAAGCGGAAGCGGAAGCGCGGUCGGAGCGGGCCGGAAGCGGCGCGGGCGGUGCGAUGGCGGGGCUGUCGGUGCGGGACCCCGCCGUGGAUCGCUCCCUGCGCUCCGUGUUCGUGGGGAACAUCCCGUAUGAGGCCACGGAGGAGCAGUUGAAGGACAUCUUCUCGGAGGUUGGGCCCGUGGUCAGCUUCAGGCUGGUGUACGACAGGGAGACGGGCAAGCCCAAGGGCUAUGGCUUCUGCGAGUACCAGGACCAGGAGACGGCGCUCAGCGCCAUGCGCAACCUCAACGGGCGCGAGUUCAGCGGCAGGGCGCUGCGCGUGGACAACGCCGCCAGCGAGAAGAACAAGGAGGAGCUCAAGAGCUUGGGCACAGGUGCACCCAUCAUAGAGUCACCCUAUGGGGACCCCGUCAACCCAGAGGAUGCCCCUGAGUCCAUCAGCCGGGCAGUGGCCAGCCUGCCACCCGAGCAGAUGUUUGAGCUGAUGAAGCAGAUGAAGCUGUGUGUCCAGAACAGCCCCCAGGAAGCCAGGAACAUGCUGCUGCAGAACCCCCAGCUGGCUUAUGCACUGCUGCAGGCCCAGGUGGUCAUGAGGAUCGUCGACCCAGAGAUCGCGCUGAAAAUCCUGCAUCGCCAGACCAGUGUUCCUCCUCUGAUCCCAGGCAACCAGCAGGCAGUGCCAGGGCCGGGGCCUGGGCCGGGGCCAGGGCCUGGGCCAGGGCCCAACGCGCAGCUGAACCCGCAGAACACCCCCUCAUCCCAGCCACAGCCCAUGGGCGGGAUGCACGUCAACGGUGCUCCUCCUCUGAUGCAGCCACCCAUGCAGGGGGGAGUGCCAGCCCCAGGACAGAUGGCAGCCCCUGUGCAGGGCCCAGGCCCUGGCCCCAUGGCUCCAGGAGGUGAGUUUGGGCUGAGCUGCCCCACCUGUGAGCACACAGGUCCUGCAGACACCCCCUCUGCUUUCCCCCUAACCACAGCGAGAGCACGUGUAGUCCUGUACUGUACAUUGUGGUUGUGCUGCUGCCAGAGGUGGGCUGCAGAGUUGGAUUGUCCCUCAGGGGGAGCCAACACCAAGGGAAUAAAUCUCCAGAUGCUCCCCGAGGAGCUGGGAGCGAGAAGGUAUUUGGGACCAAAGGACCAGGUUAGUUAUCAGGGAUGGCUGAGGAGGGGUCUGAUCUCUGCCUGUCCCCUCUCAGGUGGGAUGCAGCCACAGGUUGGGAUGCCGGGUGCAGGGCCUGUCCCCUUGGAGCGUGGACAAGGGAACCUGCAGCUCUCGCCCGUGGGACCUGCCAGGCCUGCGUCUAUCGAACGCGUUCAAGUGCCCAUGCCAGACCCGAGGGCCCCUAUGCAGCGUGGACCUCUACCUGCUAGUGGCCCGCCGCCCCGAGGCCUUUUGGGAGAUGCCCCGAAUGACCCUCGCGGAGGGACCCUGCUCUCAGUCACUGGAGAAGUGGAGCCCAGAGGUUACCUUGGGCCGCCCCACCAGGGAGCCCCUAUGCACCAUAUGCCUGGUCAUGACAGCCGUGGCCCCCCCCAUGAGAUGAGGGGGGGACCCAUGGGAGAACCCCGACCACUGAUGGGAGAGCCGCGGGGGCCCUUGAUGGAUGCUCGAGUUGGAAGAGAUCCCCGAGGGCUGGAGCCACGAGGGCUGGAGCCGCGCGGGCUGGAGCCGCGGGUGCUGGAGGCGCGAGCGCUGGAGGCGCGGGGCCUGGAGCCGCGGGUGCUGGAGCCACGGGUGCUGGAAGCCAGGGCCAUGGAGGCCAGGGGCCUGGAGCCCCGGGGGCUGGAGCCUCGAGGGCCCGGUCCCAACCCGCGGGGCCCGAUGCCUGGUGGGAUACAGGGUCCUGGGCCGCUUAACAUGGGAGCCAGCGGCCCGCAGGGGCCCCGCCAGGUUCCUAACAUGGCUGGGGCAGGCAUGCAGGGAGGAGGCAUACCUGGGGCAGGAGUCCAAGGGGCUGGUCAGCCUGGAGGCUUUAGCCCUGGACAGAGCCAGGUCACGCCCCAGGACCACGAGAAGGCAGCACUGAUCAUGCAGGUCCUGCAGCUGACAGCAGACCAGAUCGCCAUGCUGCCCCCAGAACAGCGGCAGAGCAUCCUCAUUCUGAAGGAGCAAAUCCAGAAAUCCACGGGGGCACCCUGACAGGCACAAGAUGGAGAUGCCUUGUGCCUGGACAGAGGUGGUGCUCCAUGGCAGCUGCUUCCCAUUGCUACCUGAGCUGAUGGUGCAUUUUAGCAGAGGUUAUGUCACUCUCGAGGUUUUUCCCUCCAGUUCAUCCUUUUUUUUUGUUUGUCUGGUUUUUUUUUUUGUGUAUGUUUUAUGGUGUUUGAAAUAAAGUGGGAGGAGGGUUUGAGUAAA